UGCGGAACUGAAGGUAAGGCGCAGCCUGAAAUCGUUGUAAUUUUACUCGGUUACUAAGCGCUUGGUUGUCAAGUCCUAACGCCCGACAGUCAUUUUUAGCAUUAAGCAAAUGGUGAUGAGCCUGCGAGUGUCGGAGCUGCAGGUGCUGCUGGGAUACGCUGGGCGCAACAAACACGGGCGCAAACACGAGCUUCUGACCAAGGCGCUGCACCUGCUGAAGGCCGGCUGCAGCCCCGCCGUGCACAUGAAGGUCAAAGAGCUCUACCGACGACGUUUCCCGGCCAAAAUGGUGUCCCAUUCGGAGCUGGCCAUGCCCGGGCCGCACCACCCUGCCUCAGCUGGCGUGGUGGGAGGGGGGGGCGCCGCACUGCCCUCCGGCCUGACACAGCUGGCGUACGAGGGUCACGGCGGAGCCCCGUCGCCCGCUGCCUUACUGCCCCUCUCGCUGCUGGGCCCCGGGAAGCACGAGCUGACGGGGCUGACGCACCACCUGUCCGGCUCCACGCUGCACCCGGUCCACCCGGACGUGAAGCUGCAGAGGCUGCCCUUCUACGACCUGCUGGACGAGCUCAUCAAGCCCACCAGUCUAGCGUCAGACAACAGCCAGCGAUUUCAGGAGACGUGUUUCGCCUUUGCAUUAACGCCACAACAAGUCCAGCAGAUCAGCAGCUCGAUGGACAUCUCGGGGACCACAUGUGAUUUCUCAGUUCAAGUUCAGUUGCGGUUUUGCCUGUCGGAGACGAGCUGUCCUCAGGAAGACCAUUUUCCACCCAAUCUGUGUGUGAAAGUCAACGGGAAGCCAUGUAACCUUCCGGGUUAUCUUCCUCCAACCAAAAACGGCGUAGAGCCCAAGCGGCCGAGCCGGCCCAUCAACAUUACCUCUCUGGUCAGACUGUCCACCACCGUGCCCAACACCAUCGUGGUGUCGUGGACCGCUGAGAUCGGAAGGAGUUACUCCAUGGCAGUUUACUUGGUGAAGCAGCAGUCGUCCACAGUGUUGCUACAGAGACUACGAGCCAAAGGCAUCAGGAACCCCGACCACUCCAGAGCUCUCAUCAAAGAGAAGCUCACAGCAGACCCAGACAGUGAAAUAGCCACGACCAGCCUCCGAGUGUCGCUGCUCUGCCCGCUGGGGAAGAUGCGGCUGAUGAUCCCAUGCCGGGCGCUGACAUGCUCCCACCUGCAGUGCUUUGACGCCACACUGUACAUCCAGAUGAACGAGAAGAAGCCCACCUGGGUGUGUCCUGUCUGCGACAAGAAGGCUCCCUACGAACACCUCAUCAUCGACGGGCUUUUCGUGGAGAUCCUCAACAGCUGCAUGGACUGUGAUGAGAUCCAGUUCAAGGAGGAUGGCAGCUGGGCCCCCAUGAGGUCUAAGAGGGAAGUGCAGGAGGUCUCCUCUGCUUCCUAUAGCAACGGGCUGGAUGGUUCAUGUCGGACGUCUGCAGGCUCGGACCAUCGGGGCUCGUCCAACAGCCACGGUGACAGCAGCAAUAGACAGAAGGUGGAGGUGAUCGACUUGACACUGGACAGCUCCUCAGAAGACGAGAGCCAGGAUUCACCGCCUUCGCCACCGCUGCCACUGCCUCCUCCGCCCAAAAGACCGUGUCCCUCCAUGUCCCCGCCCUCUCCGCCACACAACAAAGGGGUGUUGAACCUGCACCACCAGGCCUCUCCUGUCAGCUGCACUCCCAGCAUGCCUGCCGUGGACACCAGCUACAUCCCUCCUGUCCCCCCCCUCAUUCAGGACUACAGACCGUACUACCACACCCCCAACGACCUGUCAGAGUUGAGCUUCUUCUCGUUUCUUCAAGGUGACAAUCAUCAGCAUUACAACAUGGUGAUGGCUGCCGCGGCCGCAGCUUCAGCCUCAGACGACCACGAGCUGCUUCUCAACCGCUUCCUGCCCUACAGCACCUCCUCCUCCUCCUCACAGCUGUUCCUCGACCAAUCAGGAGGCUCCUCAGCCCCCUCGCUGACCGUGCCCACCAACGGGGCGAGCAACUCGGGCAGCAGCAGCAGUCUGGUGUCGUCCAGCAGCCUCCGCGACACACACUCCACACACUCGUCUUCACACUCUUCACACUCCUCACACACACACCCCGUGGUGGUGGCCACCCGGAGCAGCGCUGAGGCGGCAGUGGCAGCGAUUUACGGCGGGAUACCUGACGUUAUAUCGUUGGACUGACUGGAGAGCAGUCAGAACUACACUUUGGGUCCAGCUGAGAUCCAGUAACACACGUUUUUUGACUACAGGGUGAAGUUUUGAUCCAGAAAGUUGACUGGCGCCAAGUCAUCACACUUUGUGGAGUCCUAAUGAGGAGAGUGCCUCAACGAGAGCACUAAUAUUAUAUAUUAUAUAAUAUUAACAGAGGGUUCUCUUCACUAGUCCACUAGGUGGACUUCUGUUUGUGUACUGACUUCAGAUCAGGAACCUGUCCAGCAUGUUUAUGGUACCAACGCGGCACAAACAGCAAAGACUCUACUUGAGCAAAUCACACGAAGGACAAAUGCUCUUUUCUACAAAAACGAGGAGUUAGCACCGUGUACAGAGAACAAAUAUAUUUUCCUCUUUUACUUUUGUAUGUUAUAUCGGAAAAUGUUCAGUCAAGUGAGCUGCUUCAAUUGCUGUUUUUAAUUAGAGGACUGAGGUUGCAUUUCCCUUUUUUCUCACAAAGCUUUGACAUAACGCCUGUUGCCAUGUGGUCGUCUUUUGCUUCUCUUUUUGUCCUGCUUACAUUUAGCUUUAUUUGCAUUUCUACAAUAUGAACUUAAGUUCUCUCAUUCUUAACUGAUCGAGCUCCAUUUUAAAAUGAUGCUUUAUUCUUUCUCUGUCCAAUAACAAGAACACUGAAGUUACAGUUUUUAUUCAUGUGCUAAUACUUUUAUUAUAUUUUAAGUUAUGUAUGAUAUUUAAACCGUUAUAAAUAUAUAGUAUAUAUAUAUAUAUGCAUUCCUUUUGACCUUCAGGUUAAUGCUGUAGGAAGUGAGUAGUAGUAGAAAUCACUCCUUGAUUUCCAAAUCCUCACAAAGACUCUGCCGGCAAACAGCAUUUAGAAAUGGAGACUUUUAAACUAUUUAUACUUGCAGAUUUAGAGUUUUGAGCUGGAAGAGUUUCUUUUCUUUUUCUUUUCUUUUUGCACAAUGCCAAAAACAAGAUAAAGUACCUGAUGAAAAUGAUCAUAAUAUUCAGAGUGCAGUUGAAUCUGUGUGCCACAGUGUUCUCCGUCCAAGUGUCCACUUCUUCGGUUUCAGCUGAUGGUUAUUUAGACAUCUCUGUUCAUGUAUGUCUUGUCUUCUUAGUUCCAUCGUUCUUUUGCUUGACUGUUAAAAAAGGUAUUACAAUGAAGGCCGAGCUGUUGUAGUAGCACAGUCCUUCUGGAGAGACGGCGUCCAUGGCAUGUGACCAAGUUUAAACUAGUGCCUGUUUGUGUGCAUGCUUCACAGCGUGGUGGGGAUGUUUUGGGUUUCCAAACUCAAAAGAAUGUCUUUAAUGCUCGCCCACAACCUCUGUCCCAUCUCUGUCGAAGCUUUUUGUGGAGAUUCGUGAUAUCUUUGACAGCCUAGGCGUCAUACAGGGAGUUAUCUUUGGGAAACUGCUCUUGGAAAAGCAUGGAAGAGUGCCACAGUGAAAGAGGGAGAUGUCAACAUGCCAACUUAUACACUGGGCACAAAGCCAGCUGGUUUAAAAAUACAUGACCUAAACCGUACGAGCACUUUGUGUACGAUGUGGAAGUGUGCGAGUGAGGUGGAUUACCUCCAUUCAGCUGGGGACACAGUUUGCUCAUGAAUGUAUUGUGUAAUUAAGAGGAGAGUAGACACACUUUAGGUGUUUGCUUCCAUUUCGGCUUUUAGCAGAUGUUAUCAAGGUGACAUUAGCAGUGACACACACAGUACACCUGGCGCCCCGCCCAGUCAGCCCACUCCUCCUCCUGUGCAUCCUGUAACGUUCCCCUCUCAUCAGCCUCUCCUCGAUGUUCCACUUGCAGACGUCCGAGACAGGCAGCUCACUUCGGAAACAAAUUAUCACCAGGGGAUAAUCCCUUCUGACAGCGGCCCCCCAUCCCCUGUCCCGUCCUUCAGCUUCUCACUGAGAUGUUGACCCAAAGUGACUCCCCCCCCCUCUCUCUUUGCAUCUUUAACUUUAUUCCCAGUUCUUCUAAUGGGAACAAACCCCCGGCUCUCACACCGACCCAGAACCAGUCCUUGUGUAUUUCCAGUGUUGUUCAGUAUUUUAUUUAUUCUUAUUUCUAUAUAUUAUAUUUUUUACAAAUUGUUUGAUUUCCGUUGGUGAGCGUCAAUCACUUUCACUCGGGAGCUGUUGUGAUAUGAUUUUAUUUAAUAUGCAUUUUAUUAAUAUUCUUUGUCAGCAGCGCAAUCUCUCACAAUGGAACUAAUGAGUCAUUCGUCAUGUAAAGGCUCCUUCCUGUGUGACGCUUUAUAAUCAGGACACAAAGCACAUGCUUAAUUAAUACGUGCAUGACUCAUGGUGAUUUAAUGUUUUAAUUAAUUCAGGAUGUGUUAUGAAUUCUGGUUGCUCACCAAGUCGCUGAGAGUUAAUGUGAUUAGGUAAUGCUAAAUGGAUUAUCAAUGAAUGAUUAGCUCAGUGACUUCAUACGUACAUUUAUGUACAGCCAAGUUAGCAGGAGUUCAGUUACAUAAAUAUGGCAGUAUUCCAUUUUAUGGCAAUAUCAAGCCAUCUUUUUUCUUCAAUCAGACAUUUGCCGUUGAUGGCAUUUAUCCACAUUUUGAGAAUUAACAUUUUUCUGUUGUCUUAAUUUGUUUAGAUAAUCAAAAAUCUUAUUAUCACAUUAAUUAAACCAUUUCAAACCCAUCUUUGAACAUGCAUGUUCACAGAUGGGUUUUCUUAGCUAAUGCUAAAGUAAACAUUUUGGAAAUGUUGUAUCAGCCAUGCCACUGUAUGUAACUGGAUUCCAGAUCAUUUGGUAGCAUGUCAAUGUGUGAAAAAACAUUGAUCCUUUUAGUGUUAUCUGCUAACGUAAACUCACUUCAUGGCAACAACAUGAAUUUGCGUCACAUUCUGCAUAAAUUCAUGCAUCAAACCAGUACUUGCGUAAUAUUUUUUGCAUUUAUUUAAAUAUGUGUUUUCCUUUAUUAUAAAGUGUUACCCUGACUUAGUACACUGAUGAAGAUGUUGAUCCUUUAGUUUCCUUCUUGUUACUUUGAAUAUAAAUCACCAGUAUUUGUUAAGAUGGUCACAGUUUUCUCUAUCACAAUUGUAUUUAUUUAAACUUCUUCUUUCCCUACGCUUGUCAGGAGACAGUGCCGCACAUGAAGAGAGAGAGAGCACACCGUGUUGAAUGUGUUUUUGUUGAAGUGAUCUACAUCUGUAUGGGGAUACAGGGAGGCUUCAUAAUGUAAAGUGUCCACAACUCCAUCCUGUGGUGCACGUCUGUUUGGGAGAAGCUGUCCUUUUGGAGCUCGGGGAGUUAUUUUGUUAGAAAGUGUCAGAUUGCAGGCAGGGAUGGAUGAGCUGCCAUAUCAACCCCUCUACACCUGGAGCCGUAUAUAUAGAGCAUUGGUUGCAGGAGCUUAUGUGUUGGCUGGUGUGAGCGCACUGGGAAUAAACCAGCGUCUGCUCAGAAUAAAGUGAAUGGAAUAAGGCCACUAUUAUAGUUAAUCUCCACAGGCUACAGUGAAGAGAUGCCUCUGCUAAAUUAAAAGGGAAAAGUCAACAAUGUGUAUAUUCUGUCUGUGUGGAAACCUGAGAGUUCAGAUCCAAACGUGGGUGUUUGAUGUCCGUUUGUAUGCUUUUUGUGUCGAUUCAGAGCGAGAGAAUAAAUUAAUUUAUAUAUUUUUUAGAAAAUGAAAGCUGUCAUAUUAUUAAAAAAAAGGACUGUGGCCAAUAAAGAGUCUUAAACAACAGAAGUAAUCUCAAAGUCAGACUCAAGUCGACACCUGCACUCACUGCCUUAAAACAUUCACAGGUUCUGUUUCACGGCUCUAAUCCGAGAAAAAUCCUAAAAAGGCUUUUCGACGAGAGCAAGGAGAAGGCGGUGUACAGUGGACCCUUGUCAGUUUGUACAAAUAUACCAAGUGAAAAAAAUAUUUAUUACCUGCAUUGGAAGAAAUUGUUUACUUAUUGAAUGUUACCUGUUUAUGUAGAGAAGUUUAGAUGUAAUAAAAUGCAUUCUGGUA